GCGUAUUGUGUCACGUGAGAUAGCAACAGGAAGUAAGUAGCUGUGUGUUGCCGAUGCUUCCAGUAAUAUGUCAGUCGAUGAAAUGACGAAAGUAUAAUUUGACAUAUUUUAAAGUUGUCACAGUUUUUGUAGCUUUUUGUGUAGUGCAACUGGAUAAAUGAGUUUUCGUGCUUUGUGGAUUAUUUCUCAAGAUAAUGGGGAAAAUGCGUCUGUACGCUUUUCAAGGAGGUUUGCUACGGUGGAGCAUCGUGCAAAGAUACUAGCAGGCUCCUCCUAUGUCGCUGUUCCAGAGGACAACACUGUGCUCGGACUCCUGCUGACUGAGCUCGGCCUCUCAGAUCCACAGAAGCCAUUCGUUCUUCUCAGAGAUGAUUGUCGUCGUUGCCCACGGACACCUGUUCGUGAGUUGUGUGUGGACGGUCCUGGCCAGGGAGCACUCUGGCCAGUAUUGGUCAUCACUCAUGGACCUCUCAUCCUAGCUUGCCUAGGUCUAGUGGAUGUUCCGGCUGAGCCCCGGCCCCCUUUAACCAACCUGCUGUCCGUCUCCCUGGGCAUCACGUUUUUGACUGGUUUGCAGAAUUUUCUCCUGGACUCGGGGGGUAAGAUCGAUAGUGAGGUGACAGCCUCUCGACUGGCAGUGCUGCCCACUGUGCUCCUGCAUGUUUGCCCCUUUGGUACACCCCUUGAUGUGCCCUCUUUGGGGGUACUUGCUUCAGCCUCUGUUCUCGCUCCUGCUGGGAACCAGAAGCAGCCAGCCUGGAAAACAAGCUUCCACAAGGGACGUGCUGUUGUGAACAUAGCACUAACAGAAACGGUGCGCUCAAAACAGUAUGGUGACCCAAGUAGACGAGAUACGUGGGAUGUGUUUGGCACAGUGAUGUGCAAAUGUGAAGUGGAGGGGGUGCUCCCAAAUGUGACAGUGACCCUAACUCUGCCACCUAAUGGAUCACCAUUGCAGGAUAUUUUGGUGCAUCCCUGCGUCACCUCCUUGGAUUCCAAUAUCUUAACAGCAUGCAGUGUUGAUAACGACGAUGGCUCAUCUUUCUCUGGACCUUACAAGUUUCCUUUCUCUCCUCCUUUGGAACCCUUUCGACUUUGUGGCUACACAUCUCAGGUCCCUGUUCCUCCUAUUCUGGGGUCAUACCAACUGAAGGAAGAGGAAAACCACUUGCUUGUGUCAGUGACUCUCAAACUUCAUGAAAGCGUCAAGAAUAGUUUUGAGUACUGUGAAGCACACCUGCCUUUUUUUAACAGACCUCAGAUGGGGUGUGUGGAUGUUAAAGUGAGCUUUGGACAACUAGAUGUUUCUAAGGAGAAGAACCUUCUUGUGUGGGUCAUCGGACAAAAGUUUUCUAAAUCUCGCGAAAUCACAAUGGAAGGCAACAUCGGCUUUUCUGGUCCGGCAGCAGGACCGACUGACCCCCUUUGCACAGACCUCAUCGCCUAUGUCAAAUUGUAUUUCAAAGUGCCUGACAUGACACUGUCAGGAUGCUGUGUGGAUCAGCACUCGGUGCAGGUCUAUUCCUGUGCCAAACCAAAGAUUACGACUUCUCGUGAACUCCAAUCUAAGGACUAUUUCAUAUGGAAUUCCACCGGAACUGCUCCUGUAUCCCAGAUGUUAGUCUAAGAUGGAC